GUCUGCGCUGUAAAUACAUUCAGAAGCUUUGUGAGACGCACACAUUGAUUGGAGAGCGCACACACGCACACCGAGUCAGCCUUCAGCCCCUCCCCCUGUUUUGUAAUUAACUCUAAGUAAAAGAUGAUCAUCAGUAAUGGGACACGACUGAUUGAGGUGGGACAUCAGGCCAUGUGUAAUUACUUUCCAAGAUUUAUGAGUCUAAAUACAAACAGACAGUAUUGCAUCCCCGUAUUGCUGACCUGCGGUUUACAUGUUGGUUAUUAUUGUCCCUCUUUUUAUUAUUGUGACAAAGCACACACUUGUAACACACUUACAUCCAUGUUUUCUCCAAAAUUUUCCAUCCAAAAUAAAACACAUGCAUUGUGUUUCAAAUAAUAGAAAAUGGAUAGAUAUGUUUUUCAUUGGUUACUUUGUAUUAGAAACAUCGGUCAGUAUGAAUUAAGAAGGAAAAAAAAACAACUAUUUUCUCUAUUAUCUUGAAAUAAUCUAACAAAUUGGAGCUGCGUUUCUAAUAUAAAAACAACUUACAAUCUGUUAUUUAAAUACAUUAUAUACAGUUACGGUAUAUAAACACUGAAAAUCAUAUCUCCAAAUAUUGUUAGAUUUUUGUUUUUGUCCAAAACAUAACAUAGAAUAUAUUGCCCUCCCCCCCACAAAAAAAAAUAUUUUCGAAUCUUAGCUUUUCCCCCUCCUUCUAGUGGGUUUACAAGCGAAAAAAGCCUGAGCUGCAACCCACUGUAAUUACAUUAAGCAAACGCACAGAGUUUGAGCUGUGGGAUGUUAGAGGCGUGUUGCCAUGGCGACGGAAAGGGGACACAGAGGGGGGCCGGGGGGUAAAAAGAGAGAGAGAGAGAGACGGAAGGAGGGAGAGUGAGGGAGGGAGGUGCAUGCAUCUUGACAGCAGACAGCCGAGGAGCCUGUUCGUUGUUCGAGUCCCGCCGCUGCUGCUGCUGCUGCUGCGGCCCGACACAAGGAGACCAACCGGACGGCCUGGUGUGAUGAGCGGCCCGUCAGGGGCUCUGCAGAUGCAGGCCCUGGGCCCCCGCUUCCGGGCGGUGGGGCCCCCCGGUAAGGUGCCCGGCAGGAAGAGGGGGCGUCCCCCGACCCGCAAGCUGCACUUCCAGAGCUCGUACUACACCGAGCCCGUGUGUGUGGCCCCCAGCGUGCCCAAGAAGAGAGGCAGGAAGCCCGGCUUUAAGCUGAAGUCCAGGAUGGUAACAUCACCGUUAGCUACUUCACCUCCCAGAUGCACACCAGAACCAGAACUUGGAUCUUUACCCCAGGAUGCGGCCAUCGUCCCCUGCUCUGCAUCGCCACACGCCCUCACAGCAGAAACAUCGGUGCCUGACGACUUCGUGUUCGAGCCCUCCACGGACUCCAAGCGCUACAAUUCGGUCUUCGGAGUGAUGACGUCGCAGUACAACCGGAAACACGGGUACGGUUACCGGGGCAACAGCAGCGGCUGCCCCACACCGAGGAUGGCCACAUGCAGACCGGAUACCAGUUCCGGAAGCUUCCCGGAGGCCAACAAGAAUGUUUCUAGCGCGGUGGCGAUGGAGCCGGGAGAGUGCAGGCGUCCCCCAGGGAAAGACCCGUCAAGCUGGGGUGUGGACGAGGUGGUGUGCUUCAUCAAGGACGCUGACCCUCAAGCACUGGGACCUCACGCGGAAACCUUCAGGAAACACGAAAUAGAUGGCGACGCCCUCCUGCUUCUGAAAAGUGAGAUGAUGAUGAAGUAUCUAGGACUGAAACUGGGCCCCGCGCUCAAGCUGUGCUACCAUAUCGACAGGUUGAAACAGAAUCGCUUGUGACUGUGCUGCCGGGGUCAAACGUCCCACGGCUGCAGCAAGCAACGCUGGAAAACUGGUGCUUACAUGUUUGGUACUCCAUCAGAUCCAGAUUUAGCUGUGCUGAACAGCUAGGGAUGAAAAACACUUAUUUGGUGCUUAAAUUGUACCUCAAUAUCAAUUUAUUUAACCACUAAAAGAUAGUCCUGCUGCUGCAGUAUUAUCGUGUGAAUGCUGAACAGAUUCUUCAAAAAUUCAUUUUACCACCCCAUUUAGAUUAUUCAGACGUUCACUUUUUUGACAUUCCUAAAUUUCCACUUCCAAAAAACUGACCUUAAAAAUGUUGAACCUUUUUUUUUUUUUUUUUUAAAGUUUUACAUUCUACAUUUCAGUUUCACUUCUGCAGUUUCCAGUUAAUUCUCUUCAGCGUUCACACACAAUUUCUAAAGAAAUCUUAAGCUAGUGAUUUUCAUUAUGUUAGUGCAAAGCAGCAUGUAGCCAAGUUCUUCCUCUUCACUGCCUUACAACAUUUGACUUUCAUUUCACUGUACAAUAUUAUGACUACAUGUCUCAAACAAUGUAACUUUUCCCAUGUAUUUUUCGGUAUGUAUAUUAACUUAUUUCACGGAAUGGAGGCAAUGCUUGUAAAGUUUUUUUUUUAAACAUGGAUUGUACCGCACUCAAAAUUUUUACUGUUUUGUGUUUUUUUUUGUAGUCUGCAAUAAAAUAGACUUGUAAAGUAGCA